UACUGCACGUUGUCCUUCACAUCAAUAACAAAGGAAGCAAAUUAAAGUAACGCAACAUGAAAUAUAACGCACGUCUGUAACAUGAAACCUGAAACCCGUUUCCCACAGCGUCUGCCGACAGCAGUGAUUACAUAAACCCCACAGGUAACGAGACAGAUAGAAGCUGCGAGCGCAGCGAUGCAUUUGUAAAUAAAACAGUGUCCAUGAAGCUUACCGGUAGCCUCUUAAGUCCUCAUUGCCCCUUGUGCUGUGAAGAUAUUUUUGUGAACUUUGCGCACUCUAACUGCAACCACUGCCUUGCUGCUUCUUUUGCCGACUGGCCAAACGCCAACUCGGCAUGUCUUUUGUUCAGAAACCCCGCUCAUUACGGGCAAUCAGCACCUUGAUGGGGUUCACCUGCUCACGCACCACGCACCUCAGCUCAGCGAGGAAUGGAGCAGACAGCUGUCAAUCAAGCGAGCCGUGCCAAGGCACCGCUUGACGCAACACUUACAGGAAAAUGCUUCCCCCAUACAGCAUUCUAUUCCUGUUGCUGCUGUGGCUGAUGGGAUGCCGUGGUCAAGCUCCUGGUGAGGGCUGUUCCAACUGCGAAGUUUUCGCCGAGAGUGUCGUAGCAGUGCCCACCACACUGAAACCUGGGAUCAAAGAGGUGUACUUUGUGGGAAGUGCAAUCGAUACAAUUCCAAGAGGGGCAUUCUCCACAAAUCCUCAGCUUGAGAAGAUUGAGUUCCUUGGUACUACAACGCAGUUCAUUGAGCCUGGAGCAUUUGAGGGUUUGAAAAACCUUUUGACGAUUGAAAUCUCUAGUGCAAGGCUGGACUCAAUUCCCCAGGGAGUGUUUAGGGACUUGACCACUCUGCAAAGCCUAAAUGUUAAACUGAACAACCUUCAGAGUUUAGAGAGAGGCAUAUUUGAUGGCCUUGUGAACCUACAAUUUUUAAUGCUGCACAUUAACAAUAUAACCGAAAUUGAAGAGGGAACAUUUGAUCAUCUACAAAAUCUUCAGACGCUUCACCUGGGAAGAAAUAAACUUACCUCUGUUUCUCCAUCUCUGCUCUCCCAACUGAAGAAUCUCAAAAUGAUUAGAUUAUAUGAAAAUGAAUUGACAUCUGUACCUGACGGCAUAUUUGACAAUCAAAAAGAACUUACAGAGAUUGGUUUACAAAACAACAAGAUAUCGGACAUAACGCCACAGUUAAUUCCACAUAAAAGUAAAUUAGUUAAGCUAUUUCUAGAGGGUAAUCUCCUGACACAGUUGCCAACUCAGAUGUUUCUUGACUUUCCAGCACUGAAAACAUUAACACUACAUGAUAACCAACUGACAAAUCUUCCCCAAAACUUAUUUGGAGAUGUGCCUAGGCUUACUGAGCUAAGCUUUAAGCACAACAAUCUCACAUCACUUCCUGUUGGGGGUUUAGGAGGACUUAAAAAGCUUCGCAAGUUGGAUCUAUCUGAGAAUAAAUUUGAGCAUUUGAUGACAGAGUACUUUGAAGGUCUGGACAAAGUCACUGAUCUGAAUCUUCAAAAAAACUUUAUAAACUCCAUCACACCAGAAACGUUUGAUAAAGUGAAAGCAGUAACGAACCUUAAGCUUUCUAAAAAUCAAUUAACAUGGCUACCGGAGGAUGCAUUCAGCUCCUUGCCAAAGCUAAGUAAGUUAUACCUUGAUGGCAACCCUUGGCACUGUGACUGCAAACUAAUACCCUUUUAUUACUGGUUGGAAAAACAAAGCAGUAUAUUAAAAUCAAAAGUAAAUUGUGCCACACCCGAGAAUUUGAGAGAUAGAGAGAUAAUCCUUUUACAGGAAGAGGACUUUGUUUGUCCGACUACAUUGCCAACCACCACAGUUUUACACACCACAACACCGUUGCCCACAACAACAACGACCACACUGCCAACCACAACUACCACCACACUGCCUACAACAACUACCACACUGCCUACAACAACUACCACACUGCCUACAACAACUACGACACUUCCAACAACAACUACGACACUACCUACAACAACUACCACACUUCCAACAACAACUACGACACUACCUACAACAACUACCACACUUCCAACAACUACAACACUACCUACAACUACAACAAUGCCUACAACUACAACAAUGCCUACAACAACUACAACACUUACAACAAAAAUGACAACAACACUGCCCACAACAACAAUGCCUACAACAACUACCACACUUCCUACCCUAACUACAAGAAAAACAUCAACAACACUCGCUACAACUACCCUAACUACCACAUUACCCACAACAACCUCCUUAACCACUAUAGUAGCAACAACAACCACAACAACUCUUCCAACAACAUUCCCAACCACUACAUUAGUGCCUACAACAUUGACAACAACAACCACUGCUAUGACUACCACAACUGAAAUGACGACAGUUCGGACAACCACACUGCCUUCCACAACGGCUUCUCCCAUCACUACAACAGCUCUUACCACCAGCCUAACCACAAAUUUAUCAUCAACAAUACCCACAACUACUCUUCUACCAACGACUCCAAUGGAAACGACAUUGCUAACAACCCCAGCAUAUUUCAUCUGUGUGGACAUCCCUUUCUUGGAACAGACUCCUCCCUCUUCACACAGCUCAGGAUUCCAUGGCAACCCCAAUGAACGCUGUAAAGAAGAGAUGAUAUUUUACUCUGCCCUUCUUGCAGUAGAGGUUGUUUACACUUUGGUGCUUGCCAAGUUCACCUACUCCCUCUAUUCUUCACUUCAACAUGGGGAGAGGCUGUACAACAGGGUCAGCCUGACCCACUUCUCUUACAAAAAAGAAAUCAUACUAAGGCCAGUAACUGAGACAGCUGCACUAUGAGAGAUAAUUUUGUUUGACAUUUUCAUCACCAUCAACAGAUCGAUUUCACAUAACUACACAAAUAGGUUAAUUGUGACAAUGACUUGUCUUUAUUAAGUCCAGAGCGGCCCAAAAUUGGAUAACCCAUUGUACACUAUAUUACGUAACAACAGUAUUUGCUAACCAGCCUUGACUCGCAUAUGGACUUAACUGCUAUCUCAUUCCUAACCAGGAUUCGAUAUGAUAUCGGUUCACCUCCUGAAGAUACCAAACAUUUUGGACAAUUCCAUGCUCCCAAUGUUGGGAACAGUUUGGAGCGGGCCUCGUCCUCUUCCUGUGCACCAGUGCAUAAAGCAAGGUCCAUGAAGACAUGGAUGACAUGGUAGUGUAUGGAUGAACUUGACUGGCGUGCACAGGGCACACCGCAAACAGCUUACAGUAUACAUCGGCCUUAUGUAGAUUUGUGACGAGCACAAAAUGAAGGGAGUUAAGCUUAUAAUGUCCUAUAAAAAUCUCUUGUUACAACCUGUAACAUACAGAAGUGUGGUCCAUAUACGUAGAGGCGUACAUCUAUUUUUCUUCUUCUUAAUUUGGGUGCAUCUUAUAUUUGCGUGCUAUUUAGUCCAAGAAAUUAUGGCAACAUUAUUAUUACAGUGUUGUUUUACCUGUAUGGACGUGAUAGUGUAACGCAGAGGCACCCUGGCCCACUGUGUGUUUCCCCAUAUGAUUCCCUCUCUGUCUGUCUGUCUAUAUGAAUGUCUAAUGGUGAAUGUGUGUGAAUGUGCGUUUGUAUCUGUGCGCGUGAAUGUUGUGUCCCACUCCCUCGUGUGUCUUCUAGAAUUCUGUGUGCCAAUCAGUUUUGGGAUGAGUUUUUAUUGGGUGGAGGUGUCCGGGCGGGAAUAAUUAAAGGCUUAUAUAGGAUAAGAGGUGGGGUUAUCGAUAAGGAUCGAAUCAAUGACGUCCAGUAACUUGUAGAGUGCGUUCCAAUAUGUGACCUUGCUUCCUCCACUUGUGCUUGUGGCCUUGCCCCGCCUCCUGGCCCCUCCUCCGUGGAAAAAACAAUAAAGUUUCCCAGCUGUCAGCCUAGCCACAACAACUUUUUGGGGGACUGUUUUUCAUUCACCAUCCCAAUUGCAAAUGAGAAAAAGACUUUGCAAUUGAGCUUUUGCAAGAUAUUGAAAUAUAAUGCUGUUGUCAGUGAUGUCAUCAUGACAUAUUACUUCCUGGUACGAGGCCACAAGCACAAGUGGAGUGUGCAAGGUUGCAUAUUGGAACGUACCCACUGUCAGAGCUGAGGAGAA